UGAAAAUUAACAUGGUGAUUGGUGAACAUGGCGCUUGUCGUUUGACGGCACUUUUAUAACUAUCAGUUUAAAAAUAAAAAAGGAUCACUAUUACAGUGUUCGGGAGAGAUAGAAAUAAGCUUAGAAUAUUUACUGAAGUACCUACCGUAGUAGAGAGCUUUAGCUUGCCUUAGUGAAGUUAUAUGUUUUUUUCACUAUGCCUCGACGUUGGAUGGAUGUAAACGAUGAGUUAAUUGCGAUUAAAAAAAAGAAGGUAGAAGAAUGCUCGAGUUUAGACACAAGUUUUUGUGAUGACGAAGCCUUAACUCCUGGAAUUGUAUUUACGGAUAUUUCCCAACGGCAAUGGCGACUUGGAAAACCGAUCGGUCGUGGCAGUUUUGGCAGAAUUUAUCUUGCUUCCAAUGAUAUAGAGACUGAUGUUACAAAAGCGAAUGCCAGAUACAUUGUAAAAAUAGAACCACACAGUAAUGGCCCUCUAUUUGUUGAGGUACAUUGCUUAAUAAGAACUGGAGAAACUGGCAAAGUAAAACAAUGGUGCCAGCAACAUAGGCUUAAAAAUUUAGGAAUGCCACAAUUUGUUGCAAGUGGGUCCUUUACUGACAAAACAACGGACAUAAAAUACAGAUUUUUAGUCCUGCCUCGAUACGACAUUGAUCUUCAAAAAAUUAUAUCCAAAACAAAAAUUCUGGACUUAAAAAAUGUUCUUAUUAUAUCAAUUCAAGUACUUGAUGUUUUGGAAUACCUACAUAGUCAAGGAUAUACACACUCAGACAUUAAAAGCUCAAACCUAAUGAUAGGCUUUGAUGGAAAUAAAUUAAAAUUACAGGAUAAACCAUCUUUUCAAAAGCACACAACACCACCAACACCUUCUAAAAAAGUAAAAAGUACCAAAAGUAGAUCAUCAAAUUAUUAUGAUGAUGAAGACUUCACAAUUGACGGUGAUAAUUAUAAUACAGAAAUAAAAAUUGCAAAUGUGAGACGUAAAAUAACACAAAUACUGAGUCGUAAAGACAGGAGUAUUCUUAGACACCAUGCAUUCAAUUUACGACAGUUAACUAAUGUGAAUUAUGAAGAUAUUAAUUCCUUAUGUUCAGAUAGAUCUUACCAGAAAGAUGUUAAACCUCAAGAAGAUGUUACUAAUUAUAAAGACUUACAUGAAAUAUAUAAAGAAGCCAUUCAGUCACAAUCAAAUGGACAAGUAUAUUUACUUGAUUAUGGUUUAGCAUCUAAAUUUCUCGAUUCUGAUGGCAAUCAUAAAGAUUUUUGUAUGGAUGCUAGAAAAGCACAUGAUGGGACAUUGGAGUAUAGUUCACGAGAUUCUCAUAUAGGGGCACAUUCAAGAAGAUCUGACUUAGAAACCCUUGGUUUCAAUAUACUUGACUGGUUAACAGGUAUCUUGCCAUGGAAGUCAUCAGAUGUCCUAGCAAAACCUGAUCUUGUGCAUGCUUUGAAGAAAAACUUCAUGAGCAAUAUAAAACUAUUACUAAAAACAUGCUUUAAGACUGAAUUCUAUCCACAAUUUAUUGAAAAAUAUCUUCAAUACAUUGUGACACUUGAAUUUACUGAGAAACCCGAUUAUGAAUAUUGUAGGAGUUUGUUUAAAACUGAAUUGGUAAAAAUUGGUCAUGUUUUUGACAAGGAAUGUACGAUUAAUUUUAAUGAUGGUCCUAAAUCUCCUAUAAAUAAAAGUUUCCAUGCUAAACAGUUAGCGAAGAAAAGUACGUCUCGCGAUUUUAUAGUGCGAAAUGGAGUUAAAAAAUCAUCACAAAGAGAGAAUAUUGUAAUGUCAGUGGAAAAUGCUAUCAAGUUAGAUUUCUUAAAACAUUUAAAUAUAUCGAGUGAUGGUCAAAGAAAACCAUGUUCAUCCAGAAAUUUCUUUACUUCUGAUGCAGAUUUAGCCGCGCGAUUAAAAAAUUCUCUUAUGCCACACUUAUUGGGUAAAAAAUUGUCACCAAAAAAUUUGCGUUCAAAGAAAAGCAAGAUUAUAAAACGCAAAGGAUUGAAACGCCAUCGUAACAGUAUAGGAAGAUUUGGAAACUUUAUGGGUUCAGAUCGGCAAUUUACAUGGGCAGAGAUAUUAGCUAAAAAUCCAGAAGAUAUCAUUCGGAAGGAGCGUAAUGUUCAAACUGAACAAUUUGACGACGAUUCAACUUGUAAAUAUAGGAUAAGAAAACUUUCCUCAUCAUCUGAGAAUUCAGAUUACCAGUCUCCUCUUCUACAAAAGGAUUAUUUAGAUAGACUUAAUCCUACUUAUGCCAUGAGAGAAGUAGUUGCCAACUUGAAAAAGAAAGUAGCUGCAAAACAUAAAGGAACCGAAGAAAAUGUUUCAAAAGCCAACUCAAGAGUUAAAUGUGACAAUAUAGAAAUACUGAUCGACACUGUCGUAGAAAGUCCAUUAGCUAAGCCCUGUACAAGAUCUACUUUAAGAAAAACAGAAACUAAGAAUAACUCUACAAAAUCUAGUCCUACAAAGGACACCCCAAGAAAUCCUAUAUCUAAAGAAAAAAAUAAAACUAAGAAAUCAAAACCUAUUGAAAUCAAAGAAAAAUCAGAGGACUCUGAUAAUUCAAUUAAGUUAAGCAAUCUUCCAAGAAGAACUCGAGCUAACAAAACAAUUGAACAAGAUGUGAAGGUUAAGGAAAAGAGUAUAUUGGUGGUGAGAACACUUCCUACAAGAAAGUGUAAAGUUAAAAAAAUCUUUGAACAUGAGAAGAAAAAAAUAAUGAAUAACCCAAACACUGAAAUUCCAUUUGAUGGGCGAACAUCUCUUGUAGUGUUAAAAAAGUUGGAUAUUAAAGAAAUACCGGCAAGAAAAAGUCCAAAGACGGCAACUAACAGACGCAAGUUAAGAAGUAAUACCCGUAAAAAAUUACUUCCUUAAGUUUUUUAAACCAUCUAAAUAUUUAAAUUAAAAGUCUGAAAAGAAUGAA